AUGGACGCGCAAUCUUAUCAACCUCUCUCCGGGCAGCACGGCGUUGAACGUGUACCGUACGAGCCAUUUCGUUCCGCGUCGGACAAGAGCCGCAUCCGCGAGGCGAUCUCCUUUACGAUGCGCACUGAGAACGGCGUAAAUCCGCGCCCGCCGACGAUAGUAGACUCCAUCUUUGGCGAUCAGAAGUAUGUCCGCGAGAGCAUGCUACACCCCCGCAUCGACGAGAUCGCCCGUGUGGUGGGUGAAACACCUCUAAGGAUUCAGCUGCUCAUCAGGUGGCCCGGGUACCCGGAGCGUUACUACGAUAUCAUCAUGCCAACAGAUCCGCUUAGACAAGAUUCGCGCGCAGAGCUGCACUACCGCAUCGGGGGUGCGUACGCGCAAUUCUUCAACGAUGCCACGGACGAAAACUGGCAGUCGACGGAACCGGACUGGGACAUGGGGUCUCCGCGGACCGAUCUGAGGCUGCUCACGGUGGUCGCGCUGUGGCACUGCGGUGGUGAUGUCUUCCAGGCGGAUGUCGACUUCCAUGAGGCGUUCCCGAUGGCACCGAUGGUCUGGAACUAA